AUGCGGAGGGGUCGAGGCGCGGGCGCGAGGGCGCAGAUGCGAGGCGUCGUCGGCCCGCCGCCAUCCUCACUCUCUCUGAGAUUCACACACGUCCCAACAUUCACACGCGCGGCGGACCGAGGCGGACGUCGCUCGAGGUCGCAAAGCCCGGGGAGGCGUGUCGCUCGACGCGGCGACCGCACUAAAAGGCAUUACUUUCGCGGCACGCUUCUA